AUGGCGGCCGCGCGAUCGAGACUACUGAGACUUGCAUGUGAACAGGAUAAACUAGCUUUGAAGUUCACCGAAAUAGUUGACCAAAUUAUGAAAAAACACACAGGCAGUGGUGUGAAGACAUUCAAGCUUGAAUGCUGUGGUUCUCGUAUCUACGCCAGUCGUCUCAAGAGUUGGCUUAAGAUUGCUGUUAAUCCACAGCUUGAAGAGCUUGUAGUUUCGCUGCCUGUAGUAUACGAUGCAAAGCACUACAACUUUCCCUGCCCACUUUUAUUCAAUGGAAGUGGAAAGUCAAUUAGCUAUCUAAAACCCAAAGGCUGUGCCUUCCAUCCCAUGGCUGGACUUGGUUGCUUGAGAAAGCUGCAUCUGUCUGAGGUACAUAUUACAGGGGAGGAUUUAGGGUGCCUUCUUUCCAAUUCUUUUGUUUUGGAGGAGCUGGAUCUUAGCAAAUGCAAUAAGAUCACUUGCCUGAAGAUACCGUCCCUGCUAAACCAGUUCAACCACCUGACAGUGUUUGGAUGCAAAACACUGGAACUGAUAGAGAACAAAGCUCCGAAUCUUUGCACAGUUCGUAUUGAUACUACUCCCGUACGACUUCCAUUUGGAGAUUCAUUGCGAGUGAAGAACCUAGAGAUGUUGUGGCCCUUUGAGUAUAACCUCGUUUAUUAUGCCCGUGCCGAGCUUCCUCGGAUUAUGCCAAAUCUUGAAACUCUUAGCAUUUCUUCAGCUGGUGAGGCUCUUAAUACACCAAUCGUGCAUGCCAAAUUCCUGCACCUCAAGCUAUUGGAGAUUUGUCUUUCUGUUGCAGAAGGGGCCUUUUCCCCAGCUUAUGAUUAUUUGUCUCUAGCUUUUUUCCUGGAUGCUUGUCCUGUGUUGGAAACUUUUGAAUUGUCUGUAUACCAGACUCGCAUGAAGCAUGAUUCUGUAUCUGGAGAUUACUCGCUUCUGAGAAAGAUGCCAGAACGCCACCACAUCAGUAUCAAGAACGUGAAGAUUGAUGGCUUUUGCUCUGCGAAGAGCAUGAUUGAGCUAACAUGCCAUAUUCUUGACAGUGCAACAUCACUCGAGAAUCUUACACUAGACACCAUAUAUGGUGCUGAUUAUGAGCAUGUUGAUAGGUUGGCUGUCCACGAUAUUGGUGGUUGCAGCUCUCCUAUAGGAAAACGUAUGAUCAGAGAAGCCCACAAAGCAAUUCUGGCUAUCGAAAAAUACAUCAUGGGGAAGGUCCCCUCUAAUGUUAAGCUAAGUAUCAAGAAACCAUGCACUCAGUGUCAUUCUGUCAAAUAAUUGUGACUAUCCAGUCUUUAGAAUUGUUUGUAGCCUAUAUAAAUGACCAAUCGGACCUGCCGUAAAAAAAGUGGCAAUUAGAUUUACUUGAGCGUCAAUGGGUCGACGACGAUAUUCCUCGGUCUCCUGCAGGCCCAGUUGCCUCCUCUCUUGCUCUACGUACAAUGGACCUCACCAUGUCCAUGAAGCGGCAUCAGCCGAUACAGGCAAACCCCGUCCCAUUACCAGGUACUCUAUCGCCGCUUCAUCCCUCCAUGUGCCUACUGGACUGGAACAAAACAAUUUCUUUCUUUUGUAGCAACUUUGUGUUGCUGUGCAUCAUAAUAAGUUAGGUAAUGGA